UUAUUUAAACUCACGAUGGCGUCACUCUCCGGCAUUGUGUCAGCUCUCAGUCAGGGUUUUUGACCAAAACGCCCUCCCGAACAAAAGGGCUUCAUCAGGGUUUAACAUCUCUGAUCUAGGGUUUCUCUGUACGGAUCAUUUCCUCUGCAAAUCAAUGGCGAAUCGGUUCACCAAGCUCACCAAGUUCGCUUCUCGUCCUCUUCUCGUCCCCCGUCAAUGGCAUAGGCCGUCGUCAUUUCAUCGUCUCGAUGCUCACGAACACCUCCAGGCAGCUGAGGUAGCGAGAAGAAGUGGGGUGAAUGUUUCUAAAAGAGUUGGUGUACCUACCCUUGACGAAGCAAAGAGGGCGUUACCGGAUAAUUUUGCAACCGUAAAAGAGCUGCUUGGUCCACUAAAGUCGGGCUUUGCCAAACGGUCUGCUGGGUACGUGUGCGAUAUAUCUAAGGAUGCAGUUGGAGCUGAUGGUAUUGCUGUUUUAUCUAGAUGGCAGGAUGCAAGAGGAUCUGUUGUCAAUUUGUCACCAUUAGUUGGCAUCAGAAGAUGUGAUAAAAAUGCUGGAGUGCCAUGCUUCACUAGAUUUAUGUCAUCAAAGGCUUCAGAGCAACGUGGACAAACCCCAUCUGAGAGAAAAAAAGAAAUAUCGACAGUGGAAGAUCCCUUUGAUGCUCCCACAUAUAAUAUACCAGAGAAGCCUGUUACAUUUGCAGAGGGAGCUUCCUACAGUUUUAUCAUCCUUGCAGGGCUUGGAGUUGCAGCUGCUGCUGGAUAUGCAGUCUUUAAGGAGCUUAUAUUUCAACCAAAAGAGUAUAAGAUCUUUGACAAGGCUCUUAAAAGGAUUCAAGACGAUAGCCAGGUUAGGAUAAGAAUUGGUUCUCCUAUAACUGGUUAUGGGCAAGAAAGUAGAAACCGAGCUGCCCGCCAACGCAUUCCCAAUAGGGUAUGGACUGAUGAAGAUGGUGUAGAGCGAGUAGAGAUAAAUUUUUAUAUACGUGGGCCCCACGGAGCCGGUAAAGUUUAUACCGAGAUGUUCAAGGAUCAAGUGGACAAGCAGUGGAAGUUCACAUAUUUGAUCGUCGAGGUGAAAUCACCUUCUCCCGCCCAAUUGAUCCUAGAAUCUUAUAUGCCUGCCUGACUUUUAGGCACCAAAUUCGCCCAAGAUUUUGUACCAAGUCACACAUGGUUUAGAAUUAUCAUCUCAUGUUUAUAAUAGUUUCUCCUUCCUCUCACCCCAUCUAUAUUUUUCGACACAGUCAGGCUAAUUUCUUUUUAUAAAGUUCGAUAUCUCUGAUGACCUACUAGCAAGAGAGUUCCAAUAAGUACUCACUACUAAAUUUGCUUCCACUUGAUCCAACAAGUGAGUCAGAAUCAGAAAGUUUUGGCCAUAGAUGAGCAGUUAUCUGUUUUUGGCAACUCAUUAUUUGAUUCUCUCUAGCUAGUUGCUACUACCCCCUUCAAAGGGCAUUUAUUGUUUACAUGUCUUGUUGUCUGUGUGCAAUUGUCCAAAAGUCCCAGAUUUUGUCAUGUGAGGGCUUGCCUUGCCUACUGUAAUGGAGCCACUUCAAAGAAUCAACUGCAAAGUUGAAGGUAUGAAGCUUAUUUAUUUGUUCCCUCUUUAGCUGUAUA